UAUUAGUAAAGUUACAUAAUCAAAAUUAUUGUUCUGUUCAUGCCAGAGUUUUGAUUUCAGGGUCAAUUCAUUUCUGUGGCUACUCUCUCUAAGGGACCUAAAAAUGAACUUCCCAAUCGUCACUUGUCUCGUCUUCUUCCUCCUCACAAACACCCCUGCAACUGAAAGCUUCGUAGUAGACAUCAAUGGCGGAAUCGGAAUCGGCGUCACCAUCGGCGGCGGUGGCGGAGGAGGAGGAGCAAGCGUUUGGAUUGGGGGAAACAAUGGACCCCAGACGCCGAGACUGAACAGAGCUUACACCGCACUCCAAGCAUGGAAAUCUGCCAUUACAAGCGAUCCAUUAGGGAUUUUACGAAGUUGGGUCGGCCCCAAUGUGUGUUCUUACAAAGGGGUUUUUUGUGCACAAGUUGAAGACGAAUCAACGUCGUCCCUCGUCGACAUUAUCGCCGGAAUCGACCUGAAUCACGCCAAUCUCGCAGGUACUCUCGUGACAGAGCUCUCGUUUCUCACCGAAAUCACUCUGUUUCAUCUCAACAGCAACCGAUUUUCCGGCACUGUGCCGGAAUCCUUUAAAGAAAUGUCGUCACUUCAAGAAUUAGACCUCAGCAACAACAUGUUUUCAGGUCCAUUUCCGAUUGCCACAUUAUACAUUCCAAAUCUGGUGUAUUUAGACCUGAGAUUCAACGAUUUCCACGGCCCAAUUCCUGAAGAUCUCUUCAACAAAAAACUAGAUGCAAUUUUCCUCAAUAACAACCAUUUCGAAGGCGAACUCCCUCAAAACCUGGGGAAUUCCCCUGCUUCUGUGAUUAAUCUAGCUAACAACAAGCUAAGUGGAAAUCUCCCAACUGGGUUUAGCCUCUUGGGUUCGACACUGAGAGAAAUCCUGCUUUUAAACAACCAAUUAACAGGGUGUAUUCCUGAAGGAUUCGGGCUUUUCUCUGAAAUGCAAGUGUUGGAUAUGAGCUUCAAUUCGUUAAUGGGUCAUUUGCCGGACACUCUGUCUUGUUUAAACGAAAUCCAGAUCAUGAAUUUGGGGCACAACAGGCUUUCUGGUGUUCUUCCGGAUUUGAUCUGUUCGUUGAAAAACUUGGUGAAUCUGACGGUUUCUUUCAAUUUCUUUUCUGGGUUGAGCCAAGAAUGUUCGCGCCAAUCUCUUGGGAAUCUGGGCUUUGAUUUCACGGGAAAUUGCAUUCCUGGACGGGACAUGCAGAGGCCUCGCCCUGAAUGCUCUGUUUUUCCUGCUGCUGGGAGCUUGAACUGCCUUAGAAUACCUCUUGUUUGUGGGACACUGGCUGAUAGCCCAGACACUGAUCCCAGUUCUUCAUCGCCAUGAGAAAGCGUUCAGAAAAUAACCAAAAUUUUAAGAUGGGUUUGUUAUUAAUUUCACAGUGAUCAAUCAAAUAUUUGGCUGUCGAUUUGUUUUGAUUC